CCUUUUUAAAAUGUCCAUUGCUUCAUCAUUGAUGAUGCUGGAAAUUUUGACUAUAAACCAUUGUGAUGGACUUGAGUACAUUAUAGACACUGAUGAUGAAUAUGGCAAAGACAAUAUGAAGGCUAUCUUUCCUAACUUAAAAACGCUCUCAGUGUUUAAGUGUUUGUUGUUGAAAUAUAUGUUUGGGCAAUAUCAUGUAGCUAAUAAGGAUUAUAAGGAGAUUCAUAUUCAAUUCUCAGCAUUGGAAUCACUCUCUCUUCAUGAUCUACCAAAGUUUGUUAGCAUUUGUUCUACCAACACUCUCACUGUGACGUGGCCAUCUUUGAAGGACUUUGUGUGUUACAGUUGUUUUUAUCCAUUUUAUGGUUCUGUUAGUUAUUUGACGAUUAUCACAAGUACAGAGGAUCCAAAAGGGAUUAUAAACCAUUUCCUCACUCUGCAAACUCUACAUAUAUGGAGUUCUGGAUUUGAAUGUAUAUUUUUCCUUAAUGGACAUGGAAUGACUGAGCAACAAGUGAGUUUAAGGUUAAGGUAUUUGUCGUUGGAAUAUCUACAUCAAAUGACUUAUAUUUGGAUGGGUCCCAAGAAUUCAGUUACUCUGCAACAUCUUACCACAUUAAAAAUAAGGGAAUGUGGAAAGUUGGAAGUAAUCUUUCCUUCCUGUGUCUUAAGAAGCUUACCAGAAUUGAAGUUGCUAACCAUAUCAGAAUGCAUGGAAUUGAAGCAGAUUGUAGGGUGUGAAAAAGGAGCUUCAAAGGAUUCUUUUACGUUUCCAAAUCUUAAAAAAUUAGAAAUAUUUGGAUGUCCAAAAUUAGAAGUAAUAUUUUCGAAAUAUGUUUUAAGAUGCUUACCAGAGUUGAAUUUUCUGCAGAUAAGAAAAUGCGAAAAAUUAGAACAAAUAAUUGAAGAGGAUAAAAAAUUGUCUAAUCAUAUUUCUCCUCAACCAUGCUUUCCAAAACUAGAAGCCCUGUAUGUUGGACAUUGCCAUAAGCUGAAAAGAUUAUUCUAUGGAUCGGCAUCUAAUGACCUUCCCAAUCUUCAUCUUUUGAUCAUAAAUGGAGCCUAUGAACUAGAAGAGCUUGUUGGAUGUGAACAAGGAAAUUGUGACGAGAUAGGAAACACUAAAGCUGAGCUUCCAAAACUCAAACUUCUAAUAUUUAUGCAUCUUUCAAACUUCCACCUAGAUACUCGUUUGUCGAAUUUAAAGAUUUGUGUUGUCUACAAAUGUCCAAAUCUCUCUUUGACUUCAACAACUACUCUUGGGAAGCUUAUUGAAAAUUUUCCUUAUGAAGAAGAUUUUAAAAACACUGUAGUUGAAAGAUGGGAGUUUGAGGGCAUCUUAAGAUUAUUGAAUGAAGAUUCAGCUAUGAGUGGUAGCAGUGAGUUCACUUCAUCACAGGAGACUGGGGAUAUUGGAAAUGAGAGUAUUGAAGAGGGGCCUGCAGCAGAGGGAGCUAAGACAAAAUCUUUGUCAAAUGGUGUUGAAGACAUUAGCAUUGAAGGUGGUGUUGCAACUCAUAUUGAGUCUGGUGGCAUGGACUUACCUGCACUAGAUUCAAAGCUUGUUGAACAAGAUGAUAAGAUGAAUGAAGGAAAGCCAGGAAUAAUGUCAAGUAAAGGAAUUCAAAUAGAAGAAGGGUUGAAUCUGGUGGAUAAACAAGAGGGAAUAGAUAUUGUUUCUAAUAACAACAGUGACAUCUCUCCAGCUUCUGCAGAUAUCCGUACAAGAUUGGGAGCAUAUAAACAUUUUGUUGGUCUGGAUGAUGCACAGAUUUCUCUUCUAGUGGAGGCAAUUACUUCAUAUCCUCAUCUCUGGAAUGCUUCCAAGAAGUUUAGUGAUCGUUUUCAAGCUUGGAGGUUGAAAAUUUUGGCAGAUAUGUUGUCUUUCCUUCAGAAGGAAAGUGUCCAUAGUGUUAUUCCUGAAAGAGAAAAAGAGUUCGAUAAACUAUGUGAAGAAGCUAUUGAAGUUGGAUUUGAGAGUUUAUGGGUAGAGGAAAUGCGUCAACGUGUUGUGGCGAGGGAUCCUAAGCUGGGAGAGGACAUUGUUGCUAAGAGACAAAUAGAUGAGAAUUCUAAGAGGAAUUUAAGUUUGUUACACAAGUGUAGUAGUGGGGACAUGGUAUCAGAUUCCCAGGCUGUUGAACAAGGUGAUGGGCCUAAUAAAGAUUGGGAAGUUUCCACUUCAGAAAUACAAAGAAUAACAACAUCAUUAACAGUUGAAAGGCCAACUCCGAGUUAUUUGUAUAUUCCUAUACGUGAAACACCCUCAAAUCCAUUGGUGGACACACAGCAGACUAGUGAACAGUGGUUGAUGAAGCAGAAAAUACCAGUUGGUGAAAUUCCUAAGAGUAUUGUGCAAGUUGUUGUAGGGCAAACCAUAGCAAAGAACACUAAUAUGGCAGCUUCAUCCAUUCUUUCUGAAUCCGGCAGCUCUCAGUUGGACUCAAAAGUUACUUUACAAAGUAAAUCACAUUCACAUAGUGAAAUUAAGAGCAGCCAAAUUGAGCCAUGCAUUGCUAAAGAAAGUGAAGGCCAUCAUAAACUCAUUCAAGACAUUGGGGGCAAUGAUAUGAUACCAAUUGUUUUGGGGAAAGAGGGUGAAGAUAAUAUAGUUCUAAAGACCCUUGUCGAGUUAGAAAAGUAUCUGAAGAUAUCUCUGAAGGACAUAGUUAGUUCUGAGACUAACACCCUCCGUCUUUUUUCUAAUCUUAAUUUCCUGUCCAACCUUCCUUUCAAAGAUGUGAAUCUAUCAGAUGGACUCAAACAUAUUAUAGAGACUAUGCACCAACACUUCCCAACCAUUCUAUGCUCCUUUAAGCAACGCUUUGCUACCAUUGAUAAGUUAGCAAAACUUGAAGCUCGUCAGAAUGAGGUGGCCAUUAAAAUUUCUGAGGCAGAGAAUUUCAAUGAUGAAGCUCAACUGAAGGAAGUGGUUUUGAAGGAACAAAUCAAUAGGUUGAAGGAAGAAAUAAAAGUUUGUGAGACUGCCUUAUCAUCUCUGGAUGAGGGGAAAAAUAAAUGCAUUGCGGAAACUAUAAGGUACAAAAAGGAGCUUGAAAAUGUGAGAAAAAACAAAUCUCAAGUGGUGGAAGAUCAAACAAAAGUUGAGCAAGAAUUGCUUCAAAUGGCUUAUAAAUGGUCAGUUCUGUGUAGUGAAUAUGAGCUCGAUCGCAUGACUGCUAGAAAUCCCUCGUGAGGGUUUUCGUUGUUCAUUGUUAAUAAGACUUCCAACUAUACUAUAAUGUUGAGACUUAACUUUUUCACGUAGCUUGAUGUCCUGAAUAAAUUUAACAUACAUUUGUUACCUUGUUUGUUGUGUAAGAUGGUUCUCUUGGUGAGACAAAGACAAAAGAUCUGUUAUGAAAAACCAAAAGUACUAUUUGUUCUAUUAUGUAACUUGUAGUUUCA